CCAGCCUCUUCCCCAUCUUAUCCUCCUUCCCAAACUCUCGCUCUGUUUUUCUGAGGCCAGCAGAAUAGCAUGAGGAAGUGCUCAUGCACCCAGCCUCCAUAAAUACAACCAGGAGCUACAACGACUGCGUUGGCCAGUGGAUCUGGGAGAGGACCAGACCGGAAAUGGUAGUUUCCAUGGUUAAUUGUGGGCUUCAUCUGGUUAUUCAGACAUCAUCGCUUCCUGAAAAAAACAAAGUUGAAUUCAAGCUAAGUAAAGACACAUCAUCAUUUCCUGGUCGACUGUUACAACAUGACCUUGAAAGGAACUACUCAAGUAGGCAAGGAGAUGGAAGAGUACUAAGUCCUUCGCCUGGUAGUAAAUCAUCAUGCAUCUCAACCACAACAAACGUGACAGAACUAUGUGGCCUGGAAAUGAAAACCGCCACGAGCUCCUUGUCAGCAUUUGGAGAUUCUUCCAUUCAGACACCUUCCAAGUCCAGAAUCCGGCAGGGCUGUCAUAGUGCUGGCCCAAAUGUUUCUGGUGAUCAUGUUAAUUUGGUGAGCUCAUCAAUGCCAUCAUUUCCUAUUCUCCAGCGUUCUUCUGAAGAGAAAAUUCUUUACUCAGACAGGUUGACCCUAGAAAGGCAAAAGCUGACAGUAUGUCCUAUCAUUGAUGGGGAGGAACACCUUCGUUUGUUGAACUUUCAACACAAUUUCAUAACCCGGAUCCAAAAUAUUUCUAAUCUGCAGAGGCUAAUAUUCUUGGAUUUAUACGAUAACCAGAUUGAAGAAAUUAGUGGACUUUCGACUCUGAGAUCCCUCCGUGUCCUUCUUUUGGGGAAGAACAGAAUUAGAAAAAUCUCAAAUCUGGAGAAUCUAAAAAGCUUAGAUGUCUUGGACCUUCAUGGAAACCAGAUCACCAAAAUCGAAAAUGUCAGUCAUUUGUGUGAUUUGAGAGUUUUAAACCUUGCCAGGAACCUUUUAAGUCACGUCGAUAAUCUUAAUGGACUGGAUUCACUAACUGAACUUAACCUGCGACACAAUCAAAUCUCUUUUGUGAGAGAUGUGGAUAAUUUGCCCUGCCUCCAACGUCUGUUUCUCAGUUUUAACAAUAUAUCUAGUUUUGAGAAUGUUUCCUGCCUUGCUGACUCUAGUUCCCUCUCAGACAUCACUUUUGAUGGCAAUCCAAUAGCUCAAGAGUCAUGGUACAAACACACCAUCCUUCAGAAUAUGAUGCAGCUGCGCCAGCUAGAUAUGAAGAGAGUCACGGAAGAAGAAAGGCGUAUGGCAUCUGUUGUAGCCAAAAAAGAGGAAGAGAAGAAGCGGGAAAGUCAUAAGCAAUCUUUGCUUAAGGAGAAGAAACGGUUAACGAUUAACAACGUAGCUCGAAAGUGGGACUUGCAGCAAAAUCGAGUAGCUAAUAUUCCUACAAAUCAAGAUAGGAAAGAUCCUGAUUCCCCUUCUCAGGACCCCUGUCCGGUCAAUGGGAGCACCAUCUCUGCAUUUCCGGAAGAAACAGGGCCUCUGGACUCAGGGCUCAUCAGUGCUUUACAAGGUCUGUCUGUCACAGACACGCACCUGGUGGAAGUGGAUGGAGAUACCCUUUCGCUCUAUGGCUCAGGAGCACUGGAAUCGCUGGAUCGGAAUUGGAGUGUUCAAACAGCAGGAAUGGUCACAACAGUCUCCUUCACUUUCAUAGAAUUUGAUGAAAUCGUCCAAGUGCUUCCCAAAUUGAAGAUUAAGUUUCCUAAUUCUCUGCACCUUAAAUUCAAGGAAACAAAUCUUGUAACGCUACAGCAAUUUAAUGCCCUAGCACAGCUUCGCCGCAUUGACCAGCUGACAAUCGAUCCUCAAGGAAAUCCAGUUGUCAACUUUACACUCUGGAAAUACUAUGUACUAUUCAGGCUGAGCCAUUUUAGUAUGCAGAAAAUAAAUGGGACAGAGGUGACACAGAAUGAUAUGAUAAUGGCUGAAAGGCUCUUUGGAAUCCUAGCACAUGUGGCAUCUUCUGAGUUACCCCAGUACCGUAUGAUUUCAAUUCUGGGGGAUGCCAGGAAGAAGCAAUUUCAGUAUCUUCUAGAACCCAAAGGGAAAAAACCAGGCAUUAUCAGUGAAGAAAAUAAUGACAGUAAAAGACUUGUAGGAGAAAACACAAAUCGUGCUACACUGAAUUAUACCACAAGAGACUUUUAUAAUGAAAAGCUGGAGCACCUCUUUGAAACUCAUUCGGCUCUAAGGAUUACAACUUGAAAAUCACUUGAAAACUCAGUGUAACAAUAUUUUUAAUAACAUCCUAAAAUGUUCAGUUUCUGCUUUAAAUUCUUCUACUACAAGAAAGUUCACUGCUUUGUGAAGUUGUCCAUCACGGAACAGCUCCAACUGUGAAGAAAUACUUACCCAUAGUAAGCUGAAAUGUGUUUCUUCCUAAUGACAGACAUACCAUGUGUUGGCCGGUUUGUCGUACUGUGGUGGCUUGCAUGUUGCUGUGAUACUGGAAGCUUUGCCACUGGUAUUUCAAAUACCAGAAGGGUCACCCUUGGUGGACAGGUUUCAGUGGAGCUUCCAAACUAAGACAGACUAGGAAGAAGGAUCUGGCAGUCUACAUCUGAAAAAAAUUGGCCAGUGAAAACCUUGUGAAUAGCAGUGGAACAUUGUCUGAUAUAUGCCAGAAGAUGAGCCCCUCAGGAAGGCACUCAAAAUAUGACUGGGGGAAGAGCUGCCUCCUCAAAGUAGAGUCAAACUUAAUGACAUGGAUGGAGUCAAGGUUUUGGGGCCUUCAUGUGCUGAUGUGGCACAACUCAAAACAAGCCAAACAGAUGCAAAUAUCCAUUAAUAAAAGAAACGUGGGAUGUACGAAGUCUGAAUCUAGGAGAAUUGAAAAUCAUCAAAAAUGAAAUGGAAUGCAUAAACAUUGAUAUCCUAGGCAUCAGUGAGCUGAAAUGGACUGGUUUUGGCCAUUUUGAAUCAGACAAUCAUAUUGGCUACUAUGCCAAGAAUGACAAAUUGAAGAGGAAUGGCAUCCCCUUCAUCAACAAAAAGAACAUUUCACGAUCUAUCCUGAAGUACAACGCUGUCAGUGAUAGGAUAAUAUCCACACACCUACAAGGAAGACCAGUUAAUACGACCAUUAUUCAAUUUACUCACUAACUACUAAGGCCAAAGAUGAAGAAAUCAAAGAUUUUUACCAACUACUGCAGUCUGAAAUUGAUCAAACAUGCAAUCAAGAUGCAUUGAUAAUUACUGGUGAUUGGAUUGCAAAAGGUGGAAACAAAGAAAAAUUGAUAGUUGGAAAAUAAUGGCCUUGGUGAUUGAAAUGACGCUGGAGAUUGCAUGAUAGAAUUUUCCAAGACCAAUGACUUACUCAUUGCAAAUACCUUUUUUCACCAACAUAAACCCUGACUGUACACAUGACCCUCACCAAGUGGAAUACACAGGAAUCAAAUUGACUACAUCUGUGGGAAGAGAUGAUAGAAGAGCUCAAUAUAAUCAGUCAGAACAAGAGCAGAGGUGGACUGUGGAAUAGACCAUCAAUUGCUCAUUUGCAAGUUCAAGUUGAAGUUGAAGAAAAUUAGAACAAGUCUAUGAGAGCCAAAGUAUGACCUUGAGUCUAUUCUACCUGAAUUUAGAGACCAUCUCAAGAAUAGAUUUGACACAUUGAACACUAAUGACCGAGGACAUCAUAUAUGAAGAAACCAAGAGGUCAUUAAAAAGACAGGAAAGAAAGAAAAGACCAAAAUGGAUUUCAGAAGAGACUCUGAAACUUGCUCUUGAACAUAGGGUAGCUAAAGCAAAAGGAGGAAAUGAUGAAGUAAAAGAGCCGAACAGAAGAUUCCGAAGGGCACCUCAAGAAACAAAGUAUUAUAAUGAAAUGUACAAAGAGCUAGAGAUAGAAAUCAAAAGGAAAGAACAUGCUUGAUAUUUCUCAAGCUGAAAGAACUGAAGAAAAAAUUCAAGCCUCAAGUUGCAAUAUUGAAGGAUUCUAUGGGGAAAAUAUUAAAUGACACAGGAGGCAUCAAAAGAAGAUGGAAGGAAUAAACAAAGUCAUUGUACCCAAAAGAAUUGUUCUACAUUCAGCCAUUUCAUAAUUUUUUUUAUAUGAUCAAGAACCGAUGGUACUGAAGGAACAGGCCCAAGCUUCAAGGCUUUGGUGAAAUACAAGUCUCCAGGAGCUGAUGGAAUACCAACUGAGAUGUAUGAACAAACGAAUGCAGUGCUGGAGGUACUCACUCGUCUAGAGUAUGGAAAUGGAACAAUCAGAACACAAUUAAAGAGAAUGUUGACAAAGUACAGAAAAUGUAGCUAAUGUCAUUGAUCAAUUUGUGUGGAAAUUUCAAAGGGGAAUCUGUCUUGUUUUAUAAACUUUCACCAAAAGCACAAUAAAAUAUUUUUUUAAAAAGACCAAGGAAUGUAAAGAUAGUGUAACAUUUGGAAACUUAUAAUUUAAACACUGUAACCAAAUUAUCAUCAUCUUAAUAGAUGCAUAAAAGCAUUUAGUAAAGUUAAAAAUUUAUUCAUGAUAAAAUUGUAGCAAACUUUCGAAGGCCAGUGUAGCAGGGGCAGGGGUUUGGGGACCAUGGUUUCAGGGGACAUCUAGGUCGAUUGGCAUAGUAAAAUCUAUUAAGAAAACAUUCUGCAUCCCACUUUGGAUAGUGGUGUCUGGGGUCUUAAAUGCUAGCACACAGCCACCUAAGAUGCAUCAAUUGGUCUCAACCCACCUGGAGCAAAGGAGAAUGAAGAACACCAAAGAUGCAAGGUUAUUAUGGGCCCAAGAGACAGAAAGGGCCACAUAAACCAGAGACUACAUCAGCCUAAGACCAGAAGUACUGGAUGGUGCCUGGCUACAACCGAUGACUGCCCUGACAGGGAACACAACAGAGAACGCCUGAGGGAACAGGAGAGCAGUGGGAUGCAGACCCCAAAUUCUCAUAAAAAGAUCAGACUUAAUGGUCUGACUGAGACUAGAAGGACCCUGGAGGUUGUGGUCCCCAGACCUUCUAUUAGCCCAAGACAGGAACCAUUCCCAAAGCCAACUCUUCAGACAGGGAUUGGACUGGACUUUGGGAUAGAAAAUGAUACUGGUGAGGAGUGAGCUUCUUGAAUCAAGUAGACACAUGAGACUAUGUAGGCAGCUCCUGUCUGGAUGGGAGAUGAGAAUAUAAACUAUAAAAUAAUGUAGAAAUCAGUAUUUUUAUAUACCAGCAAGAAACACUUAAAAAUGUAGUUGUAAAAAAUUAUCAUUUGACUUCUGUUAUGAACAUAGUGGCAUGAGACAGCAAUUUUUCCUUUCUCAUGAAAUAUCACAUAAAAGCAAUAAUUAAAACAGGAAAAAGAAAAACCAAGCCAACAAACUCUAUUUUUAACAGAACUUGGAGAAAUAUAAUCAACAGACUCAGCAUAACACAGAAGAUAUGCUCAAAGCAGUGAUGAUUGGCAUGGAAGCUACAUGUGUAAAAUGCAGCAAAAGUCAAAUGACAGGAAAGUGAAUAGUCGGUAUUUCCACAGUAAGGGGUUCACCAUAAAGAGAUUAAAAUUUUUCACUUAAAUACAACAAAAGCAGAAUGAUUUGGGGUGGACAGGCUGAAGUCAUGGUGGGGAAAGGACAUGGAGGACAAAGAAGAUAGGCAGAAAUUUAAAAAAUGGUCAGAAAUGUGUCAGGUCUAAGAAAAAGCCAGCAGAAAUAUACUCUCUGAACGAACUUCCUGCAAAUAGCUGGGCCAGAAAAAUCUAACUCCUAACAUGAAAUGUAAUAAAUAGGAAGCAGCAAAGUUUCAAAUCAGUUAUUCUGAGAUGAAAGAUGAGAAAGAGAGGAAAUAUUACCAGACACAGGAAAUCAUCUGGAAAAAAAAAAUGUCUUGAAAGAGACAAAAUUUCUGACAAAAUUGAAGGGAACAUAAGGGAAAAUAAAUACUAUAGAAAAGAAGCAAUAAGGGAUAUAACUCAUUGCCAUUAAGCCUAUUCCAACUCAUAGCAACCCUAUAUGACAGAGUAGAACUGCCCUGUAGGGUUUCUAAGGCUGUUAUCUUUAUGAAAGCAGACUAACACAUCUUUCUCAGAAAUAAGAAAAAUGACCCAAAUUAAACUAAGAGAGCUUAAAAAUUAGAAAGAAAAAAAUAGAUAUAGAACAAAGUUACAGGAGGUCCAAUGUGCAUAACUGGAGACUCCAAAACCAAAAAAACCAAACUCAUUGCCAUUGAGUCGAUUGCAACUCAUGUGACCUUAUACAUAAUAGAACAAAACAUUUCCAUCUCAUUGAGGAUUUCCCUCAUUUUCACUGACCUUCUUACUUUACCAAACAUGAUGUCCUUUUCUAGCAAUUGGUCCUUUCUGAUGACACGUCCACAGUAAGUGAGCCAACUUCUCCCUAUCUUCACUUCUAAGAACUAUUCUAGUUGUAUUACUUCUUAGACUGAUCUGUUUGUUCUUCUGGCCGUCCACAGUAUAUUCAGUAUGCUUCAUCAGCACCAAAGUUUGAAUGUAUCAAUUCUUCUUCUGUCUUCCUUUCUCACUGUCCAGCUUUCAUAUGUGUAUGAGGUGAUUGAAAAGACCAUGGCUUGGGUCAGGUGCACCUUAGCCAUCAGCGUGACAUCUUUGCUUUUUAAAACGUUAAAGAAGUCCUUGCAGCAUAUUUACCCAAUGCAAUACAUCAUUUGAUUUCUUGAGUCCUACUUCUAUGGACAUUGAUUGUUGAUUCAAGUUGAAUGAAAUUAUUGACAGAUUCUGCUUCUCCAUUUAUCAUGAUGUUUAUCAGUCCACUUGUGAGGAUUUUUGUUUUCUUCACUUGAGGUAUAAUCCAUAUCUUUAUAGAAUGGAUAAUUCCAACACUUUUUAAAUUGUUCAAGAUUGUUGAAAAAGAAAAACUUAAAAAUUUUUUAAGCAUAACAUUGAUUCCAAAACCUGCCAGUAUUGCACCAAAAAAGAAAAGCCAGACUAGACUUUUAAGAAUAUUGAUGCAAAAAUCCUAAAUGAAUUGUUGUCAAGCAGAAAAUAGGAGAACAUUAAAUGAAUAAUAUAAAUAUGGCCAAGUGUGGAUUAUUCUAGGAAUGCAAGGAAGAUUCAGUAUUAGUAAAUUAUAUGAAUAGAUCUAAAGUGAAAAAAUCAUGAUUAUUUCUAUAGACAUUAAAAAGGAAUUUCACACAGUUCAAUACCUAUUCUUAAUAUUUUUUAACUCAAUAAAUAGGAUAAAUGGGAAUGGGAUAUUAAGUUUUAUACUUAAUGGGAAAACUCUAGAAACUUUAGCAUUUAUGGUAGGCAAAAUUCUAACUAAAAUGACCCCCAUGAGUCCUGUCCCCUGGUAUCCAGACCCUGGUGUGAUACCCUCUGCUUUUAAGUGUGGAAAAAACUUUGAUUUACUUAUAAAAAAUGGAAUAUGCCAGGGGUAAAGGGAUUUUGCAGAUGUAAUUAAGGUUCCUAAUCAGUUGACUUUGAGUUAAUCAAAAGGGAAAUACAAAUCAGGCAAGUCCUUUAAAAGAGGGUCCAAGCUUUCCCUGAGGAGAGAGAUUCUUCUGCUGGCCUUUAAGAAGUAAGCUGCUGUGUUGUGAGAGGGACACAUAACAAGGAACUGCAAGAGGCCUCUAGGAUCUGAGAGCAGCCUCAGCCCAACAGUCAGCAAGAAAAUGGGGACCUCAGUCCUAUAGCCACAAGGAACUGAAUUCGGCCAACAACAUAUGAGAUUAGAAGAGGACUCUGAACUUCAGGAACAUAGCCUGGCCAAUACCUUGACUGAAGCUUUGUGAAGUCCUGAGCAGAAGACCCAGCUGAGCCUUGCGUGGACUCCUGAUAUACAGAAACUCUAAAAUAAUAAAUUAAAGCUGCUUUAAGCCUUAAAGUUUGAGGUAACUUGUUAUGCAGCAAUAGAAAACUAAUAUAUCAUCCAAGAUAGGACCAAGGCAAGGAUGUCCAACAUCACCAUUAUUUUUUUAUCAGUAUGGCCAAUGCAGACAAUAUUAUCAAAUACCUAAAAAAUCCCAAGAGAAAUAACUGAAAAACUAUAAAAAGCUGUAAGAAAAUUUACUAAUGGAGUAGAAAUCAGCAUUUCCCAUAUAUACAAAUAACAACCAGAAAGAAGAUUUAAUGGAAGACAGACCCAAAUCACAGUGACGACAUAAAAAAGAGAAAAUACCUAGCAAUUAAAAAAAAAAAAAAAAAAUCCAAGAUCUAUAUGAAGAAAACAUAUAGAUAAUAUGUGUUAUUAUAAUAGAUAAUGAAGACACAACAUAUUUGUACAAAUGGAAAAACCUACCGAGUUUCAGAUAGGAAGAAUCUAAAACAAAAUAUGUCAAUUUUCCUUAACCAAAACCAAACCAAACCCAGUGCCGUCGAUUGAUUCCAACUCAUAGCAACCCUAUAGGACAGAGUAGAACUGCCCCAUAGAGUUUCCAAGGAGCGCCUGGCAGAUUCGAACUGCCGACCCUUUGGUUAGCAGCCGUAGCACCUAGCACUUAGCCACUAUGCCACCAGGGUUUCCCAAUUUUCCUUAAGUUAAUUAAAAUUUUAAUAUAAUUGUGCUUGACUGGUAACUGAGAAGUUAGCAGUUUGAACCCACCCAGAGCCACUUCGGAAGAAAAGUCCUGGUGACAUGCUUCCAUAAGUAUUAUAGCCAAAAAAAAACCCUAUGGAAGAAUUCUGCUCUGUAACACAUGGGGUCAUCAUGAGUCAGAAUCAAUUCGAUGGCACAAGACAAUAACAACAAAUAAAAAUUACCAUUAUUCUUUAAACAAGUCGAUCCUACAGUACACGUGGGAAAAUAAACAUAAAUAGCCACAAAAACUCUUUAAAAGAAGGACAAUGAGAAGAGGACUAACUGCUAGAUAUUAAAGCAUAUUUAAAAGUGUUGUUAAUGAAAGCAGUGUGGUCAUGAAGAGAUGGUCUAAUGGAAUAGAAUUUAAAAAGCCAUGUAUAUAUACAAAAUACAAAAGUGAAUUUAUUAUAUGGUAAUGAAUAAUCUCAAAUGAGUCAGGUGGACUAUUCAACAAUUAAUUUGGGUAAAAUUGGGGAACUAUCUGAGAAAAAAAAUUUGGAUUCAGACAAAAUAUCUUACACCAGGAUAUUUAAAGGUUUAAAGUGAAAGAGUAAGAGUUCUAGAAGAAGCCAUGGAAAAUUAAUGUAUAGCCUUGAGAUAAGGAAGGCCUUCAGGAAGAUAAAAUAAGCAAAGGCAAAUAACAAAAUGGGAAAAAAAUAGUUUUUGACUCAUCUCCCUAGAUUAUAAAGAGCUCUUAGAGUUCAGAAAGAAAAAGGACCAACAAUCCAAUAUAAGUUGUGUCAUGGAUUGAAUUAUGUCCCCCCAAAAAAUGCAUGUAUCAACUUGGUUAGGCCAUGAUUCCUAGUAUUGUGUGGUUGUCCUCCAUUUUAUGAUUGUAAUUUUAUGUUAAGAGGAUUAGGGUGAGAUUGUAACACCACCCUUACUCAGGUCACGUCCCUGAUCCAAUAUAAAGGGAGUUUCCUGGGGGGCGGCCUGUAUCACCUUUUAUCUCUUAAGAGAUAAAAGGAAAGAGAAGCAAGCAGAGAGUUGGGGACCUCAUACCACCAAGAAAGCAGUGUCGGGAGCAGAGCGCGUCCUUUGGACCUGAGGUUCCUACGCUGAGAUACCCCAAGACCACGGGAAAACUGACGAGAAGGACCUUCCUCCAGAACCAACAGAGAAAGCCUUCCCCUGGAGCUGAUGCCCUGAAUUUGGACUUCUACCCUACUAGGCUGUGAGAAAAUUAAUUUCUCUUUGUUGAAGCCAUCCUCUUGUGGUAUUUCUGUUAUAGCAGCACUAGAUGACUAAGACAGGUUGUAUUACCUAUUAAAAAAUAAGUUUUUUUUUUUUAAUUUACCAUAACAACAAAAGCUGUGUAAGAAUAAAUAAUAAAAUUGUGUAAGUCCUUUAUGGAGAAAAUCAUGAAACUUUAUUGAAAGACAGGCGCCCUGGUAGCAGAGUGGUUAAGAGCUACAGUGUGCUGUGGCUGCUAGCCAAAAAAGUCAGCAGUUUGAAUCCACCAUCUGCUUCUUGGAAACCCUAUGGGGUAGUUCUACUCUGUCCUAUAGGGUCGCUAUGAGUCAGAAUUGACUUGAUGGCAACGGGUAUGUUGAAGAACUAAACAGUUUAUGUUCUUGGAAAGACUUUCUACAUGAUAAAGAAGUCGAUUCUUCCUAAAUCAAUCUGUAAAUAAUAAUGCAGUUCUGAUCAAAAUUUGGACAGGGUUAGUUAGGGAACUUGCCCAGCUGGUCCUCAGUUAUAUGAUCCUGAAUGCUGCCCGUAUAUGAUAGAGCAAAAGAUCAAAAAUUCACAAGAGUAAAAAAAAGAUAAGGAGAAGCUGCCUUACCAGAUAGCAAGUAUUAUUAUACAACUGUAGUUAAUUAGUAGGUCUGGUAGUGCAGUGGUUAAAUGCUCAGCUGCUAUAUUCCUUGAAACCUUGGAGAUGAAGGGAAAUGAUAGUUAUUAGAGAUCCUUGUGUGGCCUUGCCAGGUCUAUGAAGAAUGGACUCAAGUGGCAAACCUAAAAUAUGCCAUCUUCUCAAACAAUCUUACUUUAACACAGACUUAGCAGUACAUUGCCAUCUAGAAAAGGAGACCUGGUGAUGCAGUGGUUAGGCACUCAGCUGCUAACUGAAAACUCAGCAGUUUGAACCCAGCAGCGGCUCCUCCAAAGAAAGAUGUGGCAGUGUGCUUCCAUAAAGACUUUUUCCCCCCCACUGCCAUUGAGUCAAUUCCAACUCAAGUGACCCUAUAGGACAGGGUAGAACUGCCCCGUAAUUUUCCAAGGCUGUAAUCUUUACAGAAGCAGACUACCACAUCUUUGUCCCAUGGAGCAGCUGGCGGGUUCAAAACGACCGACCUUUUGGUUAGCAGCUAAGUGCUUAACCACUGUACUACCAGUGGCUCUGCGGAAGAAAGAUGUGGCAGUCUGCCUCUGUAAAGAUUUACAACCUUGGGAAUCCUAUGGGGCAGUUCUGCUCUGUCCUAUAGGGUUGCCAUGAGUUGGAAUAGACUCAACAGCACAUAACAAUAACAACAGAUGUCCUGGAAUCAUAGGAGCAGAAGUCUCAAUUAAAGUGGUUUGAGCAACGAGGACGUAAAGACAGGGAAUGUUGACUCCUGUUGUGAGAAAUCUCAGUGGGAAGGGAAAGAACCCGAAGCCACAUAAUAAUCUGGAAAGAACACUAGGCUAACCAUCAGGGGACCUGGUUUUUCUGAGCCCCUGAUUUUACUAUUCACUGCCUGGGAGACCUUGACCUGGUCUCUUCAUCACUCUCUUGACUUGCGACCCAGCAUUCCUUCUAUUAUAACAUGCUCCCCACCUCUUGAAAAACAUUUAAACCACUGCGCACAAAGUGCUCAAUCCCUCUCUUCUUUGUGUCUUGGUCUGUGAUAAUUAAUUGAAGUGAGUUCCUCACAAAUCAGGGUAAGCAGACCCUUCCGUUAUAUAUGUCAUAAUUCUGUUGCUUGCUAGUUGUAAAUCCAUUUUCCUGACUCAUUCUAAAAAAUGUUUAAGAUGAACACAGGAUCGGAGAGCUAAAAGAGACUGUAGAGAAUCUAAUGCCGUCAUACAGAUGGGGAAAACUGGAAAUUCAGGCGAGCCACUCAAGGGCAGAUGGUGAGCUAUUGACUGAGCUGCCACCGGAACUCAGACCUGAUUCUCGACUUUGGACUCUCUCACAGCGUAUCGUGCUGCUUCCUGGAACUCUUCUUGACCACCCUCACACUAAAGAUUCUCUCUUCUCUGAACACUGAUUAUAUUUUCUGUCUAAACAUCUCAUUCAGCACUUAUUUACAGGUUUGUUUAGUUUGUACAGUGUAGGCCAUCCAUUUAACUAGACUAGACUGCAAAUACUUCAAAGACUAGAGUUUUCUAUAGGAAAGUAUUAGUAAAUGAUGUCUAAUCCUGAGUAAGUCUCUUAACCUUUAUAAAGUAAUACUGGAUCAAGUCAAUUCCGACUCAUAGCCACCCAUACAGUUUCCAAGGCUGUAAACCUCUGUGGAAGCAGACUGCCAAUCUUUCUCCCGCAGAGCCACUGGAGGUUUUGAGUAGCUGACCUUUUGGUUAGCAGUCCAUUGCUUUAACCACUGUGCCAUCAGGGCUCCUUUUUAUAAAGUGGAGAUAUGGAUUAAAUCCCAAUGCAAGUACUAGUUAAUAUUGCCAUAUAACAUAUCCCACCUUUGACCUAUAUUUUUUCCAAACCAUUUUAACAACAGAAUGAAAUAAUAUAAAUAAUCUUGUAUAGAGUUCAUCCCAUCUGGAUCGAACUUGUAAAAUUCUUGCUUUAUGAACCCCACAAUAAUAUUGUAGGAUAACAAGAAAUAAGUAUAUGAAAGCAUUUUGAGAAUGGAAAAAGCAUUAUUCAAAAUGCAACAACUCUAUGAUGGGUCAGGGCAAGAGAAGUAGCUGUAAUACGCUCUUAACAAGAUCAUUCUGGACAGCCAGAGUGAGUUGUCCCGGCAAACCCUGAUGAGUUAGAGAGUAUGCUGCAUGGGGGUGAGGAGUAAUUGGCUUGGAGGAAAGAAGAAAUGAUGAAGUAGGAAAGCUUUCAAACACAGUUGCUAAAUUAAGGGCUGUUAUAGCAAAUAUGGAAACCCUGGUGGCGUAGUGGUUAAGUGCUAUGGCUGCAAAGCAAAAGCUAGGCAGUUCAAAAACACCAGCCGCUCCUUGGAAACUCUAUGGGGCAGUUCUGCUCUGUCCUAUUAGGGUCACCAUGAGUCAGGAUCGACUCGACGGCAGUGGGUUUUUUAUAGCAAAUACAAUUCUGUAUCAACAUGUUAUAAAGGACUAAUGGAAGAAACUAUAGCAGGAAAUUAUAAAGCACCAGCAGUUGCACUAUGUCAGUUAUAAAAAAGUUUAAUUUGUAUUGUAUUUAAAUUAUUUAACAAAAUACACCACUUAAAAACUUUUAAUUUUUGUUAUCCCUGUAUUCAUUGACAUUGAGUCAAUUCCGAUUCAUUGUGACCCAGUAGCACAAAGUAGAACUGCACAAUAGGGUUUCCAAGGUUGUAAUCUUUACAGAAGCAGACUACCACAUCUUUCUUCCACAGAGCGGCUGGUGGGUUCAAACCACCAACCUUUCAGUUAGCAGCUAGCACUUAACUACUGUGCAACCAGGGCUCCUUGUUAUCUCUAAAUUACUGUAAUUUUUUUUCUAGUCUUAACACUCAACCAAUCCUUUGGUUUUAAUUUUUUUGUUCUUCAAAAUCCUGUUUUAAGAAAUCUAGAGUCUAUAUGAAAAGCAUUCUCCAAAUAUACUCUGUGCCUUCUACUUCUAAUAAAUGCAUUGCUCAUUCUGUAUAUUGUUCAUUUUAGUUACUGGCCUCCAGUGAUUCCCAUUUGUCCUUCUUCUUGUCUCUGUGUAGCCCAGAUUUACUGAGUUUUCAAAGGGAGCAGCUAAAGUUGUUCUCAUCAACAAGGUAACUUAGUGCCAGUGACUAAGUCCUAGACUGUAUUUCAGAGUUCAAGAGGUUAGAUUCAUCUGAGAAGUAGCCAGCUGGGACCGUUUAUUGUUUAUAACACAUCAAACUCUGUACGUAUUUUUAUGAUAGGUCAACACACGACCUGGUGGUGUUAGCACAUGAAGUAAAUCACAUCAUCCAUGUUGACCCCUGAAUGGUGCUUGAUUAUUUAGAGAUAUCGUCCAUGUCAUAAGAAAUUUUCAAAAUAUGCCUCUUUUUAGGAAAAGUUAGUGACAAUUUAGACUCGUUUUUAACUUAUAUUCUUAAUUAUUUGUGUGUCAACAUAUUGUGCUGCUUUAAAAAUCAUAAAAAUUUAAAAAAGGAGGAGAAAUAGAAAAAUAGGAAAAACACUCAUGGUCUCAUGACCCAAAGACAACCUUGAUAACACUUCAGUAUAACCUAGAUUCUACCAUUAAUGUUGUACUAUAGCAUACUCAUUUUAACCUAUCUAUGCGUCUGUCCAUCUCUCUGUCCAUCCACCAAUCUUUUUUUUAUUCAUUUCAAAAUAGAUUGCAUACAUUAGUAUACAUCCCCUGAAAUAAUCCAGCAUGCACAUCAUUAACUAGUUCAAUGUGUCUUUUGAGAUAAAAUAUAUAUGCAACGAAGUACAAAUUUUUGGCAUAUUUUAAAUGCUGAGCCUUGACAAAUGCGUAUAUACUCCUAUAACCCAAACCCUAUCAGAAUAAUCCAAUCAUUUUUACCUACUUGUGAUUUAAUUUUGCAUUUUGAUUUUUCCACUUAGCCUUGUAAUGUAAGCAUUUUCCUUAUGAUUACAAGUCUUUGUAAGUGUAAUUUUAAUGGCAAUAUCUAUUGAUAUUUUAAAUUCAACCCUUUAACUCAUCUUGAAAUUAUUUUGGUGUUUUGAUGUGAGUUAGAGGUUUAAAUAGUUACUUUUCCAAGUAGCUAAACCUAAUAUAUAGACAUUAUUUCUUUCCUCCUUCAUUGAUGUGAAUUGCUUCCCUUCUAAAUCUGAUUAUCCAAUCCAUUCCAUUGAUUUUUUCUGUACAUAUUAUGACAACAACCUUCUGUGAUUGUGCUUUAAUAUUCCCCAAAAAUAACAAUAACUGAAAUAAAUAUUGAAUAUGGUUUUGUUUAGACCUCUGUGAUGAAAUUGAGGUCCAAUGCCCGACUGUCCUCUGGCCCCAAACUUGCUGUGUUGUGUUCAGACCUGGUUUUUCAUUUACAGACUAUCAGCCGCAGAAGUUGAGCAGGAAUGCUGUUUAUUUUGAAGGCAAAGCUCUGGGUCCCAACCUUGUAUAUAUUUCCUUUUCUUCCUUGUACACUUUUUCCCAACUUAGUCCAAAUGAUCUAGGCAACAUAUGCCAGUUUAGUAUAUCUUUACAUGCUUUCCUGUGUCAGAGAGUGAAUUCAGAGUAUAGGUAUUUAAAAUAUGUAUAUUGGUAUUAACUGAUCUGAUACCAAUUAAAAUUGUCAAUAUCAGUUACCUGCUACAUAUGCCACUUGAAGCCAGUGAGUCUGUGUUUUCACUGACUUGUGUGAGCUAAAAUACCUGAACUGAGGAAGGAGAAAGUCUACCAAGAUGGAAAUAGUAGUUAGGAUCCAGUGAUUCCUGUAAAGCGGAGCUGUCCAGCAAAGGUAGGAGUAGACUGGGAAGUAGUGAGUUCCGUGUUGCUGUCUUUACUCAGGCAGAGCUCUCUGUCAAGAGCGUCUAGGAAAGUAUUCCUGCUCUGGGGAGUGGGCGGGAGAGGGCUAGGAGCAGAAGUCAGGGUAGAUCAUCUUAGUUUCUCUGGUUCGGCUAAUUAUUGCUUUAGCUUUUGGAUUAU